AUGCUGGACGGACAGCCCUUCGUCCCGCGCCAGCCUAUGGGCCAGAUGAUGUCGGCCCCGCCGGAAGGUGGCAGCUACCCUACUCUUGAGGCUGUCCACAAGGCUGUUCUCCAAUACUGUACUUCGGUAGGAUAUGCUAUCGUUAUUGGUCGAUCGAAGAAGACAGUGCCGGGGUUGAAGAAGGUCCUGUUUGUGUGUGAUCGUGCGGGCAAGCCUCCUCGGCGUGUCAGUCCUGAGAUGCGGAAGCGCAAGACAUCCUCUCGCAAAUGUGACUGUCAGUUUGGCUUCUUCGCGAUAGAGCAGAGGACCCAGUGGACCGUGCGGUAUCGUCCGGACCCUAUUCACCUGCAACACAACCACGGCCCUAGCGAGAGCCCACUGCUGCACCCUGCUGCACGAAAACUGGACAGCAAGAUGGUCGCUGCCGUCAAGGCUCUCAAAGAAAAUGGGGUAGGGGUCAGUCAGACACUGGAGAUUCUCCAAAAUGAGAACCCUCAUGUGCCUCUUCUCCCCCGGGACAUAUAUAACGCACGGGCUGCUAUCAAUCGAAAUCCUACAAAGGUCAACGCUGCCUUGGCGGAAGAUCGUCCAGCCAUCUAUAGCAAGCCUCAUCCCACGGCGGAGGAGCGUAUUCGCGCGGAUCUUCGUCGUGAGAUAGCCAAGGCACGAGAGGAGCUCGACAAGGUCAAGGAGGACAGCCAAAAGAAGAUAGACGAGCUCGAGGAGAAGCUCCGUGAGAAGGAUAAGAUUAUCGAAAAGUUCGAGAUGUUUAUAGACAUCUGCAACCAGCGUGUCAUGGUGCAGCGAGAGCGACUCGCUUCCGAUGGUAACGAAGCAAACGGUGGAGCUGGAAACUCCAAUCCUUGA